GGGGGACACUAUAGUCGGCCAGCCACACCCUGAGGGCACUAUAGUGGACCAGCAACACCCUGAGGGCACUAUAGUGGGCCAGCAACACCCUGAGGGCACUAUAGUGGGCCAGCAACACCCUGAGGGCACUAUAGUGGGCCAUCAAUACCCUGAGGGCACUAUAGUGGGCCAGCAACACCCUGAGGGCACUAUAGUGGCCCAGCCACACCCUGAGGGCACUAUAGUGGGCCAGCAACACCCUGAGGGCACUAUAGUGGCCCAGCCACACCCUGAGGGCACUAUAGUGGGCCAGCAACACCCUGGGGGACACUAUAGUGGGCCAGCCACACCCAGGGACGUGGUGCCUUAAAGCCUCUACUCAACAUAAAAUAUUUUACUUGCUCAUAUUUGUGCCUGGAAUUAAUGUACAGCUUUUGAAGAACACUGAUUUAUCUGUGCAAUUAAUAAAUAUAUUUGUGUCUUUUUAAAGAUGUUGUAAUACUAGUGAGGCUGCGAACGCCUUUAUAUAUGUACAACGAACGACAUUUUGAGUGGUACAAAUUGUGCAGUGAAAUAUCUUGAUGGUGGAUCACCAGAGGCGCCACAGGACACAUUGUUGUGACACACCCAGGUCCUCCAGCACCAGGUGGUCGGUAGUGGUGUGGAGACCCGCCUGGCGAGGAGGAGAACGGAGGCCAGUUGAGGCGGUUGAGGGGUGACUGAGGUGACGAUGUUGACACCCACUCUUGCCCUCACUUGCCACGCCACCUCCACCCCUACAACACCUACAGUAACUACCUGUAUCAUGUAAGUGAGGAGAAGAACGCCGCCUUACAUGCCUGCAAGCUUCGUGGCGCUACGGGAAUGGUGCUCUGACGACGAGACAUUAACGGAGGUGUCGCUGGCGCCGGUGUCACCGUCCGUGCCUGCGAGCGUGUGCCCGCCCCAGCAGGAGCCGGCGCAACACAAGCUGCCCUCGCCCGAGCAGCGGGUCCUGGCUCUCUCCCUCAAGUACCCGCCACAACUCGUCCCCAUCGACGUCUCCGGCACCGGCUUCAAGCGCCUCGAGAAGUUCCGCCAGUCGCUAGUUCACUUUGAGUACUACAAGGGGAAGCGGCGCAGGAAGCGGGUGAAGAGGAGGAACACCAUAGCUGACACCCGCGAUGCUCGCAUAGUCCUCGCUGGCUGUGAGCCUUCCACCUCGUCAGGGCGUGGGAGGUCAUCACCUCGCUCGGGGUCACCAAGCUCACGUGAAGGUGUGUCUUUCACCGAUCGAUCCUUUGAUACCACUGAAACAUUGGAAACAACAUCCAAUACUACUAAAACCAGCUCAGACAGAGAGAAUCAUCUUCAUGCUUUGGGUCUAGAAGUGAACAUUCCUGUACCUCCUCGUCAUGUUCACACCGUAUCUCGUCGUAUGGCUAAGGAAAAAAAUACCUUUAGGGAAAAUGAGUUAAUAAAUGAGCAUAAAGCUGGAUCUUCAGUAACCGAGCGGACUCAAGUAAACGGGUCCCAGCAGGCCUCUGGGCCCCACCACAACCACGUUUACGAAAAAGUUAAAAAUUCAAAACGUGACACUUCUGCAGAUAAACAUUAUCCCCAGAAGUCUCACCUUCCUAUAUCUUCGCAUUCGGCAGCGAUGAACGUGGCCGUUAAACUGAGGGAAGGCACAAGAGACGACGGCACGCACUCCUCUUCAGGUAACUGGUCCGCUUCCUCCAGCACCCGCACAUCCGUGGAGUUCGAUCAGCAGCGCCCAGCUGCCUCACCAACCUCAUCUCUUGAACAAGACUCCAUUCUCUCAGAGUCAUUGCAAAUUAGAUCUUCUUCUCCUUCAAGUAAUCAGCGAACAAACUCCAGAACAACUGAUGACUUUCCUUCGACAUCAUCCCAUGCAAGUGAUGGUACCUUAACACCUACACAAGAUAUACAAGAUAUCCCAUUCUUAGAUGAUGAUACUAGCUCAGCUUACUCUUGUGACACUGAAGGCUAUUACACAUCUUUUCAUAUAGACAGUGGUCUGCGUUCUGUAAGUUACGAAGGAAAUACAUUAGCCUGUGAAAACGAAUACGAAUUGUUUGGCAAAGGAAGCACCGGUACAACAAAUAGCUCGGCAAGUUUAGGAACUGUUGUCAUGAGGAAUCCUGAGAAAAAGACUCCUCCUAAGCCACCACAAAGGGUGAGCUCUCUAGAGAGAAAACGAGAAAACAGAGAAAGCAUCAUUACAGUAAUACAUGUGAAUGGUUCUACAUCUUCACGAGAAGAUGUGGCUGGAGAUGUAACAGACAGAGCUUGUAGUCAAGACGGUGAUAGCAGGAGCUCAAGGGAUGGUGACAGUGGACGUGAAACAUCUAGUUCUCCUACUGAACCCACAAGUCCACGUCAGCCCAGUUUACCAUCUCCAGAAUUAGAGUUCACAGAGUCUGACUUAGAAGCAGAGAGACAAGAAAUUUUACGUGUUAAAACAACAAUUAAUUCAAGUCGUAUACCAUCAAUGUGUGUCAUAACACCACCUCAAAGUGAUGAUGAAAGUGUUAGGUCUGGUAGUGUUCCGCUUUCCAGAGAAAAUUCAGGAUCACAGAUUGACAGCCAAGGGCAGCAGACACCUCCUCAGGGAAUUCUGGGUUCCCUUGCUAGUCAGGGGCAGACUCAUGGUGUUACUGCUAAACUACUUUCUUUUCAGAGUAGUGGUGCAAAAAGUGGCAGUGCAAGAAGUGGUGGUGCUAUUAGUAGUGGUAAGGCUGUUGUAGAUGCUAGUAUUAAUGAAAAGAAAGAUCCAGUAUUAAAAGGUACAGUUUUACCCCAUGGCUAUACCCCAACGCUUACUGUUAUUCCUCGUGGUAAGGAUGGGGACAUAAAUGCUCACUUGAAAGGUAUUAUGCAUACAGCAGCUGUAGCAUCUCCUGCACGACCUGACCCUGAUCAACCAGUGUUGAUAAGACCUUCUCUAGUCAAACAAGCAGAGAGAGAAAAGAGAUUAUCACAAGAGAGUGAUGAAAAGCAACAUGCUGAAUUACAAAAACAAGUAUCAAAAGAGCAUCAAAAGAUAACAAGUGAAAAAUCUAGGUCACAGAGCUCUGAAUUGGUAUCUUACAAAGAGCUUCCUCCUCCUACCGCAACUGGCGCUCACCCAUUUAGUGCUGUACCCACCAAUGUCAAACAGAGUGUAGUUAUCACACCGACCAACUCCCUAGAGAGAAGGAAGACUAACCUUACAAAAUCUGGGGCACGAGUUACACUCAACUCUGAUGGCAAGGUUGUUUAUUCCUCGGAUAGUUUGCCCCGCCGCAAAGGUCACUCUUCCUUUGAGCCUGGGCCAUAUAUUAAGCAGGUUGGGAACUCGUCACUACCCCAAUCUGCAGGAGGUACUAGUAAUGCUCACACCCUCACUGCAUCACACCUGAAGUCCUCUGUGUCGACAGCACCAAGUAGCAUACAGCAUCAACCAUUACCUGCUUCCACAACUUCAAAUAAUAACACAGUUCCUGUGACCCAAUCUCAUCCAAUGGCACAACGGCCACAACAGCCACUUCCACCUUCAGCAUCGUAUAUGAUGCCUACAUCAUUACUGCCAACACCUUCUCAGUCGAAGCAAACUUCAGAUGCAACGUCACAAUCUACACAGCAUGUUUCAUCUUUGCAACCUGUUGCAUCAUCUUUGCAACCUGUUAUGUCAUCUUUACAACCUGCUGCAUCAUCUUUACAACCCAUUACAUCAUCUUUACAACCCAUUACAUCAUCCUUACAACCUGCUGCAUCAUCUUUACAACCUGCUGCAUCAUCUUUACAACCUGCUGCAUCAUCUUUACAACCUGUUGCAUCAUCUUUACAACCUGUUGCAUCAUCUGUACAACCUGCUGCAUCAUCUUUACAACCUGCUGCAUCAUCUUUACAACCUGCUGCAUCAUCUUUACAACCUGUUGCAUCAUCUUUACAACCUGUUGCAUCAUCUGUACAACCUGUUACAUCAGUUUUACAACCUGUUUCAUCAUCAUUGCAGUCAGUCUCAUCUACUGUACAUCAUCAGUCUACUGCCACCCAGUCAUCUUUAGUAGGAUCAUCCCAUUGCCUCCAAGCCAUACCUUCUCAGUACACAACGACCUUGCCUUCUCAUACUCAUGUAGCUCCAGUAUCCCAGCCUCAUCCUACAUCAUCCUCAUCACAGUCAUAUUCAGAAAUGUCAUCACAGCCUCAAUCAGCAGCUCCAUCACAACUUCCACCCACAUCCUUAUCUCAACCUCUUCCAGUUUUGCCUCCACAGUCUAUGUUAACUCACUCUUCACAGCUCUUUCAAGCAUCUCAGUUACUCUCUAGUAUAACUCCACAGCCUAUCCUACCACCAUCAACACAGCCAGUUACUCAUCCUUCUACAAAGACUCAAACAAGCCAUCCAAAGCAGGACUCUCACCCCACACUUCAGAAGACUGCAGGUGUACCUCAGCCUGUGAACGUGACACAGGCACCGUCAUCAGUGCCGACGUCGUCAAGUCAGCUUGCUCGCCCACCCCAGCCACUACCCCAGCAAAGACUACAACAAUCUACACAACCACCUCUAUCUCCUGGUAGUCAAAAACAGGUGGCUUUUGUUACCAAAAGUGAUGCUGAUCAGAGCCUUGGUGAAAAACGACAUACUAGUGUUGCAGGAAGUUCCAAUGGCAUAUACGGAACUACACAGCAACAACAGCAGUUGAAGCAACAACAGCAGCAGAUCUAUCAGGCCCGGCAAGAAGCACAGAGGCAGCUAUUACAGCAGCAACAGCUGCAGAUUUAUCAGACACGCCAAGAAGCACAAAGAGCAAUACAGCAGCAGCAGCAAAUGCAGCAGCAACUUAUUUAUCAAACAAGAGAAGAAGCUCAGAGGCAGUUGCAACAGCAGCAACAGUUGAUGCAACAACAGGCACUAUAUCAGACUCGACAGGAAGUUCAUCAAGCACAGCAGCAGCAGCUACAGCAACAACAGUUGCAGGCUACAACUACAUCUGCAAGUGUAAUUAUGGCAUCCCAGGGAGCACCAAUGUCGCCAAGAAGUCAGCGAGCUGGGGCAUAUGUACACGUACAGGGUCAGGUUACUCAGGGAACAGCAACUCAACAGGUGGCAACAGUGCAGCCCGUACAAAGCAACCAGUCUAGCACUAAAAUUCCUCAGCGUCCCCAGAGUGCACAUGGGUAUCCCCCUGGUGGUACAACCUCUCGUGCACCUACUCCUGUACAGGGCCCCAUCACUUCCAGCCCUAGACGUGGAGCCCAAGCCAGCACUGAGGCCUUCACUCACCCACACCUGCGCACUGAUCCAGGUUUACUGUACGGAUCCCAGCGUAGCCUUCAAAGUGUGGGUUUAGUAGCUGAGGGAAGAGGAACCAGCCAGCAGCCGCAGCCUCCCAGACCUAUGUCCACAUCUCCACCUCCAUACAGUGAACAGCAUAGUAUAAUUGACAGUGAUAUUUAUGGCAGAAUUGGUAUGACUCGACAUGUUCAAGUUGGAGGAACCUUACCUGCUGGCUUUGGGAGAUAUCAGAGAGGGUACAGUUCUCUUCCCCCAUCCAGACGACAGUCAUUUGUACCUCAAACGCAGCAACAGCAGCAACAUCUUCAGCAGUUGACACAGCAGCAGCAGCAGCAGUUGUCUAGAAGAUCUAGUGUAGCUUCAUAUACAACUGGAAUGGACAGCAGAGGAGUGCGAAGGUCAGCUGCUUCUAACCCAAGCACUCCUGAAAAGGUUUUAGACAAAAAAGAGAAAUCCAGUAAAAAAGAAAAAGAUAAAGAUAAAAAGAAAAAAGAAGGAAAAAGUGAGAAACCGACUAAGAAAAAAUGGUUUUGGACUUUGCCUUUACGAAGAAAGAAGAAAAAUAAGGAUGAAUCAACAGAGGAUGAUGAUGGAGGCUUCAAGGCAGCAUCAGAGAAAGGAGCUAGAAAACCUGUUCCUCCAGAUGAUUCCAGCUUUAUUCGCUACCCCUCACCUGACACGGCUUCCUCAGAUAUGAACUCUUCAUACUCCAGUGAAAUUUCUGGUGAACAGAGUUACCGGAGUAGCCCAUCAGCUGAAGUUUAUUAUUAUAGCCGAAGAGCGCAGCACCAAGCUAUGCAGCUCCAACAACAGCAGCAGCAGCAGCAGGGAGCAGGAGGUAUUGGACCACGAUCACUACCAACUACACCAGUUUCUCCACCAGACAGCAACCAGUCAUCUUUUGUUUCUGUGAAUCCGUCACCCCAGAGUGUAAUGUCUGAUGUAACUGACCUUACAGUUACAGAUUUGACUCGAGGGCGGCGUUACAUGAGUAGAGAGGAACUGUACUCGGCAAUGCGCCACCCUCAGUAUUACAACUCAAACAGAGGUACAGUGACUGGACCUACUGGAGACUUUGCAAACCAGAAAACUACACCAACAUCUAGUCGUAGCACUUCCCCUGCUGUAUUUGGUGUCAAUCCCCUUCCACCAUAUACUAUUAGACCCCAGGUUCAGAAUGUUUAUGGCAGCUGGCCUCCUGAUCAACAGAUAAACCAGCAGGAGACAGGAGUUCCUCCUAGAGACCCAUCAAUGCCUCAACACUCGUUACCUGAUUCACAAUCUGAAGAUAUUUCACCCACAGCAGAUGUUGAUCCACCUGAAGGUUAUCAGGACUUAUCUUGUGAAAGCUUAGGCAGAUAUGAAUCUCAAUCAAAACAAAGCCCUAGUAAACUUGUAAGUGGUCAAGAUUCACAACAGAGCCAGCUGUCUCAACAAAAUCUUCAGUCUCUGUCAUUCCAACAAACUCAGUCAGGUUACCAGUCUCAACCUUCACAGUCUACUCCUAAGCAGACAACUCUGGGUGAUUUUAAAAAAAUGAUUUUAAAUAAAAGUAUGAGUUCUGCUGGUAGUAACCAAAGAAUUUCAGCUGUGGAAAUGCUAAAAGCGUCUCGGCCAGGAAUAUACGGAUACUCGCCGCCUCCUGCUCCUGUGGUAAAACCUCCACAACCAUCACCCUCCCAGAUACGUGGUGAAGGAGUAAUAAUUCCACCCUCCUCCCGCAACACUGCUAGAGCAUUACUCUUUCAAAGCCGUUUUGGUAGUGGCAGGAGAUUUCGUACACCAAAAACUGAAAUUAUUAGUACAACCAUAUUGGAAGAUCAUGGUGGAGAGGUCUGGGAAGAGGAAGAGGAGGAGGAGGAAGAGGAAGAUGACAGUAGUGCAGGAAGCCCGGAGCGGCAGUGUAUAUCAAACUUAAGGGGUCCAUUAGAACGAGCUUACAGUGAACCAUGUAGUUCUAACCGCACUACAUCAUCCCCUCCUCCUUCUCCUGUUGACCAUUCAGAGGAAAUUCUACAUUCAACCCCUAACACCACCCUUGACCAGCCUCCACAGCCACCAGACUUGUCUAUUAUUACUGCUGAUGCACAACAAGAUAUCGACUCUCCUUCAGCCAUGAAAGAUAAUGAAGCGGAUGAAAAAGAGUCUAUGGAAACAGCCCUCUGACAUGAGGCAUAAUCUAGUCCUUAAUAACUGUAAAAUGCUGCUCAAGAAUUUUAUACUUACUCCUGUCAAACCUUCCUUUACUCCUUGUGGGUGAUGAGCAACGCUUUAUACAUUCUGUAGCUGAUAAUGUAUUUUGGAUGUAGGGUACUUAAUAAUGUUUAAUUUCUUUCAAUAUCUGUAUUUAUAUAGUAAUGAUGUGCUUUGGCACAACAAAUAUAUAUUUUCUUGUCUUCAGAAUUUUUAUGUUACUUGUAUUCUCUCAAUUUGUUAUAUAAUUGUUACAAGACAAAAAACGUUUCAGAAAAUGUGUUCCUUGUCAGUCAGUAAAUUGAAAAUUGUUAUUGUAUCAGUCUCUUGAGGGAUCAAUUAUUGUUCCAUGUUAGGUGGUGUUGGGUGUGCACCUUGGCCCUCCUGGAGCUACCCUCCAACACUAUUGGUGUGUGCCAAUAGUGUUGGAUGGAUGAGCACAUUUGGUAGUGGGCUGUGCAGGAUUUUUCUUACUGCACCCUUAGACUUCUGCAAGACUGACACAAUGCCAGCCUUUAAGCAUGCAUGCUCUUAGGGAUUUUGGGAUAUACAUGUUUUAAUUCAUGUGUUCUCAAUGUUCGUACACUUUUUAUUUCAUAUCUGACAGAAGCGAACUUGUUUUCAUUAUUUCUUUUAUUCCAAGCCAUGUUGGUAAUGAUAUUAUUUUUAAUCAUGCCAAACUGACAAAUUUUAUUCUAAUGACUUUUUUGCCCUUUGCAGCUGGAGAUAAUUGUAUAAAAUAUGCUUUUCUUGCCUCAGUUAAACCUCUUUAACAUCGUUUAAAUUAUGCCAUGUCCAACUUGGUCAGUAAAGUUGGUGCAGAAAUAUGCAGUAAUCAAAUUUAAUUUCUGAAUAGAUAAUUACUCUCAGUGUAGUUAUAAUUUAGAUAUACUGUAAAAUUAUGAAUGUCAUUGCUACAUGCUAUUGUCUAUAGUGUAAGGUGAAUGAAUUGAGCUUUAGGUCUUGAAAUCUACUGCACCUUCAUUCCUGCUCAGCUGCCCAAGGAAAUAAAAUACAAAGGUACUACUUGUCUCAGGGGUACACACUUUGUUGCACAAACUUUGGAUGGUUUGUGUGACAGGCCAAAGUCACAUUUUCAUUCCAUACAACUUUGGACCAGGUGACCUUCAACCAUAAGCACAAAGUCAUUCAUACAAUCCAGAAAACACUCUAUAUCCUCAUGUUUUAUCAUAGACCGUUGACCAUGUUACCUGUAAACUUUAUACAAAGAGGAAGGUGGCCAACAAAUAUCAAUAGUAUUUUUUGCUGAUGCGUCAGUGUUGGUGGGCAGAAGCAAAACAUAAUAAAAUGUAUAGUCAACUUUCUUUUAUGUAGUAAAAUAUGAAUCUUGGUUAUGGUCCUUAUUUGCAUUUAUGGAAGGCUUAGUCAGUACCCUUACUUAGUCAAAUUUUGAUCUCGAUGACUUUUUUUUUUUUUAAACUAAUCUCUCCGUUUCUACUCAGUGAAGUUCCUGAACAUUCCCAAGACAUAAGCUAUUCCACAUUCAUUGUCAAUUUUCGGUUUUAAAAACCUGAAAGUUUAAACACAUUAUCUGAAUUAGGAAGUGCCUUUUUGUCCCUUGAUAAGUUCUGCCAUUUGUUGUAGCAAUAACUUAUAUAAUGUACAUAUUGUAUAUUGAUCAUACAAGCUUAUAGGAUAGGCAACGUCUGCCCCCCCUCUACUUAGUUUUUUACUGAACUGUAUAUUUAUGCUUUAGCUAUGUUAGACUUGCUGUGUGUUUCUUGAAACUGGUUUCGUAGAUGUGAAACCAAGAUAUUUUUUCCAAUCUUUAGACUUUGAAUAUUAAAGAGCCUGAGAAUGGUUUAGGCUCUCUGCUCAAACACAGAAUACAUGGAUGAAGACAAUUUUGUAAGUAGAGCUGCUUCAGUUUAUAAACAUUUUUGACAUUGUGUAAUUAACAAACACUUUAUAAACAAAUAACGGUCAUUCCAGAAGAAAGGAAUGUUCAAUUGCUGUUUUUAUUUGUCCUGGUCUUGACAGCUUACUGCUGUCAGUUAAGCUGAUAUAAAUAUUAUUUAAGUAAAAUUAAGACAUGCCAAAUUAAAAUUACAGUAUAUAUAGACUUACUAAUGGCCAGAAACCAAAAAUUGUGCUAUUUCAUACCAUUAUUGAGUCUUCCUUUUUAACUAUAGUCUAUGAAGCUAACACCAAAGUCAGUUUGCACCUCAGAAGAAUCUAGACAUGACAUGAUACUAAAUAUUGUAUUGUUUACGAGUCUCCGUGGGGUUAGCAAUAAAGACAUGACCUGGAAAA